AAGAAUGAGCACUAAAGAAUACUACUCCUCUCCGGGUAGAUUGUAGAGCAACCGAGCCCACAGUCUCUCUCUGCACUUUCCUCUCUUUACAUUUUCCUAAACCAUUUCAAUUCCAAUUUAAUCAUAAAUACAAAUAAACACACAAAAUCUGAAUUCAAACUGAUGAUUAUAUUCCUUCUCCGAUGUCUACAUCAUAUUCACUCUUAAUAUAUCUACUAUGCUUACACAUCCUCCAAAUUUGUAUAUACACAUCGGCCGUUGAUGAUUUUCCGGCACUGUUUCACGGGGAUUACUCGCCGCCGUCGCCACCGCCGUCUUUACCGCCGUUACCUCCGCCGUUAUCGUGCAAAGACGGAUUAAACGGAACAGGAUCGUUAUACACCUCUUGUGAGCUCACUCACGAUCUUUAUUUCACUAGCAAUAUUUAUAUUUUUGGUGAAGGUAAUUUAAUUAUUCAUCCUGGAGUGAGGUUGAGUUGCCCUAGGCUAGGAUGUGAAGUUACUGUCAAUGUCAGCGGUGAUUUUAAGUUAGGGUUAGGUUCGGUGAUUAUUGCUGGAAGUGUUCAUGUCGUUGCCAAAAAUGUUAGUUUGUUUAAUGAUUCGGUGGUGAAUGUUACGGGACUGGCUGGUGCGCCUCCUGAUCAUACCAGUGGGAGACCUGAUGGUGCUCAGGGUGCAGGGGGAGGGUACGGUGGGAGGGGAGCUAGUUGUGUUAUGGAUAAUGACAAGUUGCCGUCGGAUGUUUGGGGUGGGGAUCCUUAUGGGUGGGAAUCGUUGGCUAAACCGGGGUGUUAUGGGAGUAAAGGUGGAACCACGAGUAACGAUGAGGAUUAUGGAGGGGAAGGAGGUGGCAGGAUCCGGGUUGAAGUCAAGAAUGUCUUUGAUUUUCAAGGGAGUUUGCUAGCUGAUGGAGGUGAUGGUGGUGUUAAAGGCGGAGGAGGGUCCGGUGGCAGCAUUUACAUCGUGGCACAUGAUAUGACCGGUAAUGGCAGACUAAGUGCAUCGGGAGGUAAUGGGUUUGCUGGAGGAAGCGGUGGAAGAGUUUCUGUUGAUAUCUUCGCUGUUCGUGGUAAUCCCAUAUAUCUAUUUCAUGGAGGGCUCAGUUAUGGUUGUUCUGGGAACUCCGGUGCUGCAGGGACAUUUUAUGAUACUCGCCCCCGGAAACUUACAGUCAGCAAUCACAAUAUGUCAACGGAAACCGAUACACUACUUAUGGAGUUCCCAUAUCAGCCACUUUUGACCAAUGUUUAUAUAGAAAAUUGUGCCCGAGCUGCAGCACCUCUUCUUUGGAGUCGAAUGCAGGUUCGAGGACAACUUAGCUUGUCCUGUGGUGCAGUUUUAAGCUUUGGACUUCCACACUAUGCACUAUCAGAAUACGAGUUGAUUGCAGAUGAGGUUUUGUUAAGCGACUCAAUGAUCAAGGUAUACGGGGCCUUGCGAAUGUCUGUUAAAGUCUACUUAAUGUGGAAUUCCCAAAUGCUUAUAGAUGGUGAUGGUGAUGCUAUAGCUGCCACAUCCAUGCUUGAAGCCAGCAAUAUAGUGGUGUUACGGGGAUCAUCUUUGAUCCAAUCAAAUGCCAAUUUAGGACUUCAUGGGCAAGGUUCACUAAACUUGUCUGGACCUGGUGAUGUUGUUGAAGCUCAGCGCUUGGUUUUAUCACUAUUCUACAAUAUUAAUGUUGGUCCUGGAUCUACUCUGAGAGGUCCCUUGAAGAAUGCAAGUAAUAACAGCAGUACGUCUAUGCUAUAUUGUGAGCGCGAGGAUUGCCCUAUUGAAUUAAUUCAUCCACCAGAAGAUUGCAACGUGAACUCUUCAUUGCCAUUCACUGUUCAGAUAUGUAGAGUUGAAGAUGUUAACGUUGAAGGUAAAAUAGAAGGAUCCGUUGUUCAUUUUCACUGGGUUAGAACCGUAAAUGUUGAAUCGUCUGGAGCAAUAAGUGCAACUGGGCUUGGUUGUAUAGCUGGUGUGGGUAGUGGAAAAUUGUUGAGCAAUGGUUUUGGGGGUGGUGGAGGACAUGGUGGAAAGGGAGGGGAUGGAUACUACAACGGAAGCGUUAUCGAGGGUGGUAUUACUUAUGGGAAUGCUGAUUUGCCCUGUGAACUUGGUAGUGGAAGUGGAAAUAUCAGUCUUCCUGGUUCAACUGCAGGUGGUGGAAUAAUUGUGAUGGGUUCAUUGGAGCACUCGCUGUCAAGUUUGUAUAUUGACGGUUCCCUUAGAGCUGACGGAGAAAGCUAUGGAGAAAAAAUUGUAAAUCAACACGGCAUGCAAACUGCUGUCUUGAGCAAUGGAGGUGGUGGAUCAGGGGGAACUAUCCUUUUGUUUCUUAAUUCCAUAGUCCUGGGUGACUCUUCAAUUAUCUCAACAAAUGGCGGACAUGGCAGUGUUGAUGGUGGUGGUGGAGGUGGUGGUCGGGUUCACUUCCAUUGGGCUGACAUCAGCGUUGGCGAUGAAUACCUGCCUGUAUCAACUGGAGAAGGAGCCAUAAACGUCAGAGGAGGAUCAGGUAAAGGUCUAGGAUAUGGUGGUGAAAACGGGAGUCUCAGUGGGAAAUCUUGUCCUAAAGGGCUUUAUGGCAUUUUCUGUCAGGAAUGUCCAAGAGGCACAUUUAAGAAUGUCACUGGAUCUGACAAGGCCCAUUGUCUUGAGUGCCCACCUACUGAGCUUCCUCGCCGUGCUAAAUAUGUUGCUGUUCGAGGCGGUGUUGCAGAUACUCCGUGCCCUUACAAGUGUAUUUCUGAGAGAUACCACAUGCCACAUUGCUAUACAGCUCUUGAAGAGUUGAUGUAUACUUUUGGUGGACCAUGGUUAUUUGGUUUUAUUCUCUUAAGCCUCCUCAUUCUCUUAGGGAUUGUGCUCAGCGUUGCUCGAAUGAAAUUUGUUAGCGGGGAUGAAUUGACGGGCAUAGUGCAAGCUACACAUGGUUUGCAAAUAGAUCGUUCAUUCCCUUUCUUGGAAUCUUUAAAUGAGGUUCUAGAAACAAAUAGAACUGAGGAGUCCCGGAGUCAUGUUCAUAGAAUGUUUUUCAUGGGAUCUAACAGUUUCAGCGAACCUUGGCAUCUCCCGUAUUCUCCUCCAGAACAAGUAGCACAAAUUGUUUAUGAGGAUGCAUUCAACAGAUUUGUGGAUGAGAUAAAUAACUUAGCUGCAUAUCAAUGGUGGGAAGGAUCAAUAUACAGCAUCAUCUCAAUUUUUGCGUACCCGCUUGCCUGGUCAUGGCUUCAGUGGCGUCGGAAAAAGAAAAUCCAUACACUACGAGAAUAUGUUCGAUCAGAGUAUGACCAUUCGUGUUUGCGCUCAUGCAGGUCUCGUGCUCUAUACGAGGGGCUCAAGGUUGCCACAACUAGUGAUCUAAUGCUUGCAUAUGUUGAUUUUUUCCUUGGUGGAGAUGAGAAGAGAGAUGAUCUUCCUCCUCCCCUUCAUCAAAGAUUUCCUUUGUCUUUAGUAUUUGGGGGAGAUGGAAGUUACAUGACUCCUUUUACUCUUUACAGCGAUAAUAUUUUGACAAGCCUUAUUAGCCAGUCGAUACCAUCCACUAUAUGGUAUAGAUUAGUGGCUGGACUAAAUGCGCAAUUACGUUUAGUUCGACUUGGACAUUUGAACAAAACUUUUCGACCAGUCAUCAGCUGGCUUGAGACAUAUGCGAAUCCAACUUUGAGACCUCAUGGUGUAAGAGUUGAACUGUCCUGCUUUCAGCCCACAGCUUCUGGGUAUUACCAAUUUGGACUAGUUAUGUGUAAUUCUGAUAAUGAAACUGCACCUUCAGUUGGAAGGCCUGAUUUAUCUUCGUCUCCUGAGAGGCAGUCUCGUUUCCUCAAUUCUUCUCCUAGGAAUUCAACAAGCCAAUUAAGAAUCAGCAAACCACUUUUGGUUCAUAAAAAAAUGAUUAGUGCCACUGUACACGCAAAGAAUUUAGAAAUGGUCAAGGAGAAGAAAACAAUAUGUUACCCUUUCUCCUUUGUACUUUAUAAUACUAAACCAGUUGCUCAUCAGGAUGUUGUCGGAUUGGUCAUAUCUGUGAUGCUGUUAGCAGAUUUUAGCCUAGUCUUGCUAAUGUUGUUGCAGCUCUAUUCAAGUUCUCUGUUGCAUUUCUUUUUGGUUUUGUCUAUUCUUCCGCUUGGCAUAGUACUUCCCUUCCCAGCUGGUCUAAAUGCCUUGUUUAGUUAUGGACCUAAGCGUUCUUCAGGUCCCGCGCGUGUAUAUGCUCUGUGGAAUGUCACGUCUUUAAUAAAUGUGGUUGUUGCAUUCAUAUGCGGAAUCUUCCAUUACAAUGCAAAGUUCUUACCUAGCAACAAACUUUCAAACAUACAGUCCUUCAAUUUGAACAUGGAUGAUAGCAGUUGGUGGGUGCUUCCUUCUGUUUUGGUAUUUUGUAAAUUCAUUCAAGCACGGGUCAUCGAUUAUCAUGUGGCUAAUCUUGAAAUUCAGGAUCGGACAUUAUACAGUGCCAAUCCCCAGGAUUUCUGGCAGACCUGAAAGACAAUCUUUAUGAUCUUCUUGUUCUUGCAUGCCUCUUCUGUCUCUGUAGAAAAUUUGGUGAAUUAGAAUUCAGCGAGUGGUGAAUAUAGGAGAGAAAUUAGAUAUACUGUACUUGUUGUGCAUCCAACAAACUUUAGUCAGUCUAACCUUUUGACAUUUUUCAAUUUUCUUAUGAAAAAAAUUUAACUGGUUGUGUUAAAUCCUGGCUGCACAAUCAGAUAGAGGGAACAAGGGCAAUACUGAUCUAUUGCAUAAUAUGGCAUUUACAAAGUAAACUUGGGUAGAAGAUAAGAUGGAGUACAGAAACGGCUACUCAGUUUUAUAAGUGGCUUUCAUGUGCAUGUUGUUCUGGUUUGUUUUUUGUAAUUAACGUUGAAUUUCGCUAGCUAAUUUUGAUUUUAUUGUACAGUGUACAUAGUAAAUAUACAGAAUUAUUUGUUAUUAAUUUAUGUAGAAUUUACAUUGUUCUAUAAUAGUAGUGUAGGUAUUUAA